AUGGGUUUCCAUGCCCGAAACAUAUUUAUCGAAUCAUCGUUCCUUGUGCGUACUGCAAAGGAAUGGAACAAGUUGCCGGUGUCAGUUUUUCCGUCCAAUUACGACGUGGGGGCCUUCAAGAAUACAGAUUGCUUCGAAUAUCAAGAACCAAAUGUGAGUGUAACAACUAAGAAGUCGAAAAUACACGUGGAAGCAACUACCUUGAACUAUGCUGUCGAAAAUGGGGACAAAUACAAAAACCGUUUGAUUGGGUCCAAGAAUAAGACCAUACCGUACCAGUAUCCAACAGGACAUGUGUUGCGUGCGGAGCUAUACCAGAACAAAAGCGGCGUGCAUCUCCCAAUGUCGGAGUUCAUGCAUCGCGGCCGCUGUCGCCUCAACGUCACCAAUGACUUCAUGCAGACAGCCGUCGACGCGUUUGCCAUCUUCCUGGAGGGCGAUCUUAAUGACAUUUUAAGACUACCUCCAACAUACGUGCUACAUUCUGCUCGGACCAUCUCGAUGAUGAACAUAGCUCGGGAGAAACUAGCAGCGACCUGGACUGUGGUCAAAGAAAACAAACCCAACGAAGAGAUCACGAUACAGACUUUAGAGCUGUAUCGACCUUUAUUCAAAUACCUUAACGGGAAGGAGAUUGCUAAGCUUAACUUGACUGACAAUCGAAUUUUGACUUAUAUAGGAACACAUGCUGAAUUGAACAGGCACCAAGUCGGCGUUGUAGCAAGUAAAUACAUAAAGCUCAACCGACGAUGGUCCGAACCUAAGUAUCUCAAUUUGAUGAAUAACUUGUUGUGCGGAGUACCGAUGACAUAUAUGCGAAGAAUACCAGAGAAUACCUACCUCCAACUUACUCAUCAGCUAUUUUAUCACAUACGCGCUUGUGAUCCUUUACAGCGGCGGUUUUAUUUAGCUAUGAUGACCAAAAGUCAGGCGCUUGGCAAAUCGUACAGUUGGAACGCGCGUGACGUAUCGCGUUUGGGUCUUCUUUUGGCUGAAGUGGAUGGACCUGACUUGAGUGCUAUUAAUCCAGAAGCAGUAGCCGGGAUAACUGCACACGUAAUGCAGAUAAUGAACGCGCAAAAUUUACUUUAUUUCACUGACUUGCAACUAAAGUAUAUGGGACAGAAACCCUUAAACAUUCUCACUGGUAAACUCAAGUAUUACAAAGAUGGAACGAAAAUCUACAACUCUAAAUUAAAACUAAAAUCCGCCAUUACUCUGCCAUUUUGGUGGCAAAUGGAAACUAUACCGACCAUCCGUACGAUAUCUUGCUUCCAACUACAACAAAAAAAUAUAUUCUGA